UGCAUGCGGCGGCGGCGGCGGCGGAGCUGCCGGGAGGGAUGAACGGCUCCUCGGCGGGGCUCCCGGCGGGGAUGAACGGCUCGCUGGGGGCUCCGGCAGGACUGAACGGCUCUCUGGGAAUGCCGGCAGGGCUGAACGGCUCCUCGGCGGCGGCGGGGCUGCUGGCGGGGGCCGGGGGAGCGGCGCUGGAGCUGGAGCGGGCGCUGCGCUGCUGCACCGCCGCCUCCGUGGUGACCGACGGCAGCGGCGCGGCGGGCGACGAGCGCAGCCUGUACAUCAUGCGGGUGGUGCAGAUCGCCGUCAUGUGCGUGCUGGCCCUCACCGUGGUGUUCGGCAUCUUCUUCCUCGGCUGCAACCUGCUCAUCAAGUCCGAGGGCAUGAUCAACUUUCUGGUCAAGGACCGCCGCCCGUCCAAGGAGGUGGAGGCGGUGGUGGUGGGGCCGUACUGACCGCAGCGCUGAGCCCAGGGCUGGCCGCCCGCAGCCCUCCCGGGCUCGGCUCCCAGCUUUUCCUUCUGAAAUAACAGCAGCCCGAUGGAUCCGGCGUGCCGGAGGUCGGGACAUGCUCGGGGUGGCCGGAGCCGCCCAGCCCGGCCCGUCCCAGCCC